ACUGGUGGGUGUAGUCUUUAUACAAAGUGUGGUUAGUGCUCAUGUUUAAAUUGGGAAAUUCAGUCACUCUCUCUGGCCUGUCACUGCUGAGCUAAGCCACUUUAGCUGGGAGCUGCUUUUAAUGAAGGACCGGCUGAUUUGGAGGGAGCUACAAAGCAACAGGAGGAAAAGUCUGAGAAAGCAGCCACUUUAGUCUGGGGGUGGGCCUUCCACUCCUCUGAUUUGGAGUACACUUUGGAGAUUUUGAAAGCUGGAGGGGCUCAGAGGGUGAAGGAUUCGAGAGUGGGCUUCAACAGUUUUAUUGGUCGUCUGAGUUGAAAGAAGAAAGGAUGGGGGAGGUCAUCGCCAACAUCAUGAAGUUAUACGACUAUCUCCUCAAAAGAACAGAUGCCCGAGUGCGGGACUACCCUUUAAUGCAGAGUCCUGUCCAGAUGACCCUGAUUCUGCUGGGUUAUGUGUUUUUUGUACUGUACACUGGGCCGCGUUUCAUGGCCAACCGCAAACCAUACAACCUCCAAACAGCCAUGGUCAUUUACAACUUCUGCAUGGUGUUCUUCAAUGCCUACAUUGUUUAUGAGUUUUUGAUGUCUGGCUGGGGCACAACCUACACCUGGAGAUGCGACCUCAUCGACCCGUCCAGCAGUCCACAGGCCCUCAGAAUGGUUCGGGCGGCCUACAUGUUCUACUUCUCAAAAUACGUUGAACUUCUGGACACUGUGUUUUUUGUGCUGAGGAAGAAGCACAGCCAGGUGACGUUCCUGCACGUCUUUCACCAUUCCUUCAUGCCCUGGUCCUGGUGGUGGGGCAUCACUAUCGCUCCUGCUGGUGGAAUGGGGUGCUUCCAUGCGAUGGUGAACGCUGUGGUCCAUGUCAUCAUGUACACCUACUACGGCCUCUCUGCAGCCGGGCCACGCUUCCAGAAGUAUCUGUGGUGGAAGAAAUACAUGACUGCUAUCCAGUUGACUCAGUUCAUCGUGGUGUCCGUCCACAUCUCUCAGUAUUACUUCAUGGAGAAGUGUGACUACCAGGUGCCCAUCUUCAUCCACCUCAUCUGGAUCUACGGCAUGUUCUUCUUCGUGCUCUUCUCCAACUUCUGGAUCCAGGCUUACGUGAAGGGAAAGAGGCUUCCGGCCUCCAAGGAGCAGAAGCCCAAGCAGAACGGCUUUACUAACGGCGAGGCAGUGGCAGUGGCCAACGGGAAACACAUGGACAAUGGCGCUGUCCACCACAGCAAUGGAUUUGCCGUCAAUGGGAAAGUAAAGGAGGUCUAACACGACCCAAAACGUUCUGCUGAAAGCACCACAGGACUCGUAAACAGUGACACAUGUUCUAAAA